UCCUCCUCUAAGGAAGCUACACCAGACCCAUCUCCUGUCGAGCAUUUCAUUACAGAGCGGGGAGGAGGCAGGAAGGCAGGAGAGGGACAACAGCUGAGUGUUGCCUUUCUGGGAGCUCUCUGGACAAAAGCCGUGAGAAACAAGGGGACAAGGACCAUCGUUUCAAGCUAAAGACCCUUGACCGGUUGCCCCCCGCACCAAGCUGAAGAUGGUGUGUCUAUGCUGGUUAUUUCUGGUGGUGAUGACAUUCGUGUGCGUUCCCGGGUUUAGGUCAAUGUGUUUGGACAACUCCAUAUGCCAGGACUUGAACACCAGGGAACAGAUACUCGACUGUGUUCAGCUCUGCAUAUCUGAGAUCCAGAGUGAAAUCCCAGACUUGGAUGCAUCUGUCCUUCCAGUUAACGACAAAGACAACAAUGAUUAUCAUUAUGAUGAUGGGGACCUCUUACUCAAGAUCAUUCUGGCCACUUUAGCAUCUGAAGACGAAAUAUCCGAGUCAGCUCUGACAGCCCACAGCGACAACCGCCGCUCAUACUCCAUGGAGCAUUUCCGCUGGGGGAAGCCCUCCGGACGCAAACGCCGGCCAGUUAAGGUGUUUGCUUCUUCCCUGGAAGGAGGUAGCUCCUCCGAGAGCAGCUUCCCAUUUCGGGCUCGUAGGCAUCUGGGAAGCGACAAGGCUGAGGGAAAGAAGGGUGCUCAUGAAGGAAGUGCACAAAAUCAGGGAUCGCAGAGAUCCAGAUCCAGCUCCAGAGCAAGCAGGCCUCCGGGCCUGCAGGAGAGAAAAGACGCGACCUACCGGAUGACUCAUUUCAGGUGGAGCAGCCCACAUUCAUCCAAACGGAACAAGAGAAACAAGAAGUUGUGGGAGGAGAAACCUCAGAGGCAGCUACCUGAGUUCCUCAAGGACACUGUAGAGAAGAAUGUGCGGAGGAUAACGAAAUGAAAACAAAGCACAAGAGGGAAGGAUAAUAAUCAAAGGAAUCUGCAUGUUAGUUCCCUUAUUUAUGUCUUAAUUUAACUUAAAAGAAGUGUGUUGCUAUCUUCAGCAUGUGGUUGAAUGUAUUUUCUGAGCCAAAUGUUUCUCUCAUUAAAACCUUAAAUAAAGACAAAAAAAAAACAAAAACAAGGCAGUUGUGCUGAAUAAAGACCUUCAUUUACCCCGCGACUGCCUUGAACAUCUUGGCCUUGACUUGAAAGCGCUCUGAGAUAAUAUUUUAUCUUGUGGAAUCACUGUUAAUUGUCCUAAUAUUUUAUUUUUUGUUUAUUUUUUUAUCUUUUUAAUAACAGUUUAUGGUGUGGUUUUUGUAUGUUAAAUUGAGU